AUGAGGUAUCUUCGCUCCCCUUCUCCCAACGCAGCCACAGGUUGCGCUUGGACCUUAGUACCAAGCAAGGCGGGCAGCAGCACGGAAGAAGGCUGCGACUCUGGAUAUCUGGCGAGCAGCACGAGAAGGUUGCGAUUUACGGUUACGGUUACGGAUACGGUUACAGUAGGCAGCAGGUUCGAGACGGAGCCCAUUGCUGUAGGAAAAGGUGCACCCACAACCGUCAAUUGCAAGGCCCAAAGAGAUAUUGAAGUCCUGACAGUGGGAGAACUGUGGCGAACCACAACGAGGUGCAUCCCCACCUCCGGUGCUAUCAACCGGCCAACUCUUUUAUCGGGCGCGUGCGGGAUUGCCCUGCUCACUUUGCCUACCCACCCGAAAGGAAACGCGUCUCGGGUGGACGCGCUCUACUACGGUCAAGGUCUCGGAGGCGUGAUCUUCGACUGCCUCAACACAAAGGACCCGGAGGGGAACUCCCUCCUUGCCAAGGUGGCCAGUGGGGUGGGGCCUAUUGCACUCAUAAGGGUGGUGCUGAAGUGGGGCGCGGACGUAAACUCGGUAAACAUCCGUACAUCACUCGUCACAACUGACCAUCAAUCCCCGACAAUACACUACGACGACGAUGACUACGACGACGACAACGACCACCGCUGCAGGAGGGAUGAGCUAGCCCGUUUGCUCACCAGUAGGUCCGGCACAAUGGUAAACGUCGGCGACGCCGGUGGCGUCACCCCUAUCCAUUUGGCGGCUGCGGGGGGAUGGGAGAAGUGCGCAACGAACCUGCUCGAGAACAACGCCUCGCCAGCCGUCAAAAACAACAAGGGGCAGGUCCCAGCCGUUGUCGCGAUGCUCCACGGCCACGCGUCCACCGGAAAGAAGCUUCUCCAAGCCUUCUCGGCGGCGAAGACGGCCUCUAAGCGCUCCCGAACCAUCGACGCUUUCGCAGCGGUGGCGAUGGCAUCGGGCGUCACACACGCCGUCAAACCGGUGGUCGACGCCGCCGACAAAGACGAAAACCGAAGGUAG